AUGAAAUUACCAUUAUACCCUUCCUAUCAUCGGAUAAAUUUUCCCUUUCCUUCUUCUUUGUCGAGACGUGUUGCAGAGAAUUCUGGAGUCUUCAAUCUUGCUCUCUACUUCUCUGCCAUCACCGACCUCUUUCUCUUCCUUCUUCGUUCCUUGAUAUCACUAGCAACAAAGGAGACUCGCCACUGCUCAGCAACAUUCAGCCGUAAGCCUCGUUAUUCCUUUCCUCCUGUGCUCCCUGUUUUUGCGUCUGCUCUGUGUGCUGUUUUGUCCAUGUUAUUCUGGCCGAGAAAUCACAAAGCAUUGAAACUGGGGGGUUGUUGCUGUCAGAUCGUGUUGGUGCUGUUGAAUUAGCCUUCUUCCAUUUGUUGUGCGUGGUGGCAGUGCUCAAAUUAUUUCUGCCCUGUUCAGCCAUAAAGUUCCAACGUGUUCUCUUGUUCUCAGUCAUUGGCACUGGUAAGGUGAGGGAUCUUCAUGUUUCAGUCUUCUCUUAGUUUGCAUGUAUGUGAUUGGUUAUUGAAGCUGUAAAAUUUAUGCCCCCUGCUGCUGCUGCUGCUGUGCUGUUGAAGGAGGGAGAAGACUCAUAAUGGAAAUAGAGACCUAUUCUAAAGCUUGACAGUGUGUAUAUAUAUAUAUAUAUAU